AUAGGGAGUUCAGCAUUGACUCUCCCUGCUGUCGGCAUCACCAUGGCUUCUUUGGGAGGCUCGGUGCCUAUGUUCCGGAGCCUCGCGCCCCGGUUCUCCAAGGAAUUCUUCACUUGCCGACAAUGCCUCGGACGGAGCCAGAACUAUGCGACUAAAUCCUCAUUUCGCAAGCAGUUUGCUGCCCUGUCUUUCGGCCAAAGGUCCUCCAGUGCAGCUCCGAACGCACUCCGCGUGACGGCUACAAAGUUUUUCUCGCCUAUCCUACGGAGAUCCGUCUCUGGGUCAGCCGUGGCUGGUGCGCUGGAGUAUGGAGCUUCUAAAGCGAAGUCCAGCUUUCCCAAAGUGUCUGACAAGAUUGUGGCUUACUGGCUGCUGGGGAGUGCGGCCAGUGUAUUCGGUAUUGUCGUCUUUGGUGGACUUACAAGGUUAACAGAAUCAGGUUUGAGUAUUACAGAAUGGCGUCCCGUCACCGGAUCCCUCCCUCCCAUGAAUGCAGAAGACUGGGAGUCUGAGUUUGCAAAGUACCGUGCCUCCCCGGAAUAUCAGCUGCUGAACCCGAAUAUGAAUCUCUCCGAGUUCAAGUCAAUCUACUAUAUGGAAUGGAUUCACCGUCUCUGGGGUCGUUUUGUUGGCCUGUCAUUUGUGCUUCCGGCUAUCUAUUUCGUCGCAAAGAAGAAGGUCAGCAGGCCCAUGUCGCUACGUCUAGCAGGCAUCGCGGGUCUGAUCGGCUUCCAAGGCUUCAUCGGUUGGUGGAUGGUUAAGUCCGGACUCAAGGAAGACCUCUUUGCGCAAGGCAGCCACCCCCGCGUGAGUCAGUAUCGGUUGACUGCUCAUCUUGGCGCUGCCUUUAUCUGCUACACUGCCAUGCUCUGGAACGGUCUUGCUAUCCUGCGGUCUCAUCGGCUCCUGGCUGACCCCGAAGCUGGAAUAAAGCUCCUGGACUCGCUGCGUGACCCCAAACUGAAGUUCUUCCGUCGAUCUGUUGCCGGUCUGGCCCUUCUGGUCUUUGCUACUGCCAUGUCCGGUGCCCUAGUUGCCGGCCUGGAUGCUGGUCUGAUCUACAAUGAGUUCCCGUUCAUGGGUAAUGGUCUGGCUCCUCCCAAGUCGGAGUUGUUUGAUGAGCGUUAUUCACGACACGAAGACCGGUCUGACGUCUGGUGGCGCAACAUGCUGGAGAAUCCUUCUCUUGUGCAACUGGACCAUCGUAUCAUGGCUAUGACCACGUUUACCAGCAUUAUGGCCCUGUGGGCUUACUCUCGCCGCUCUCCAACCAUGAAGCGGUUGCUUCCCCCUGCCGCCAGGAAGGGCUUACACGGUGUAGUUGCAUUUGCUUGGGUCCAAGUCGGUCUAGGCAUUUCGACCCUUCUCUACCUUGUCCCUACUCCUCUUGCCUCUGCUCACCAAGCAGGCAGUCUCUUCCUUUUGACCUGGGUGCUUGUCUUGGGCAGCCGUAUCUGGCACCCGUCUAGGACGGCGAAGUUGCUUCAGAUGGCUGCAAAGGCUCGUGGCCAAGCGGUGCGCAAUGCUACUGCACAAGCGGCCCACAAGCUGUGAUACUGUCACUGAUCACAUGUUUUGAAGGCAAACGAUCUGCUCCUGUAGCUUACAGACUCUUAGAUUUCCCUGUAUAUUAUGCAUAUCUCCCCUUUCAAAAAUGUACAAUAUUGUUAGUCCAGGAAAUAGAGCCAUUUGAAGUUUGGAGUCAGCUCUUCAGGACUUUUUAUGUCAGGCGGGGCCAGUAGACGAAACCCUACAGGCUACAACAGUCCGCAGAGCAUCCCAACUACCCUCAGUGCCCCACUCGAAGUAUCAGAGGCAAUCUGAGAGCCAUACACAUACACUCUUUGACCCGCAAACGGUGAUCUCGGGGACGAGAGAUGCCGUCCAGCGGAUGAUAUCCGCAGAGAACCAUCCAGUACCUCCAAGUAAUCAAG